GUUACCCCUGACUACUAACUCUCUUAAUCCCAUUAUAAUUCACAAAUAUUUCCAUUAAUUUCUCUGUAACAAAAAUCUCAAAGGAUUCCCAACGUAAUGCCUCCUUAUACCUGGCGCCAGCCUGAGUUUCCCGGCGAUGGCAGUGACCACAAGUGGCUAGAUCCCACCCUCUUGGUCAUCUGCCAGAAUGCGGAUAUGGAGUCGGCAAUUGAACCCCUCCUGAACAGCCUCAAGCAACCAUUUGCUCCACGCCGAGUGGCCUGCAUCUUUGUGCAUGAAACCAUGAGGGAUGCCUUCUGUGAGCUAAUGCGAUCCUCCAUGGAAAUAAUGCAUCAUCAGGCGGCAAGCCACUCGCAUUACCUACGAACAGUGGCCAUGGUGAAGUGCCUCCAAGCGGAGACAGUCUGUCUACUGACACCAGAUGACAUCAAUUUCCGUUCCAAGAUGACACCCGGUUCACCGAUGAUUGUCUGCGAAUUCAAUCAGAACUUCUUUGGGGGUGGCAAACCCACCUCGGUGGUGACCAUGCACACCUUUCGCAAUGCCUCCGAAUUGCCUAGUUUACUGAUCAACGAACAGGUGCCCUUUGUAAGUGCCGCCAUUUGGGGCCGAAAGAUGGCCUCAGUUUAUGAGGCGGCACUCCAGCUGGACAUGACCGUGGUCUAUAUCAAUUGCCAUAAUGUGCCAUUGGUGCCCAUUCGAGAGUACUUUGAAUUCAAACAACCGCAUGUGGUUAUGGCACAAUAUCAUCACUUUGAGGUGAUCUUUCAUGAGGGCAAGUAUCGGAUGAUUGUCUAUCCCGCCAAGGUUUUCUGGGAACCAUCAGAUGGGAAGGUAGCAACGGAUGCUGAGGAAGAACCGCCAUCCGAGGGCAAGAACAAGAAGCCUGGUCACAAUAAGAAAUAAUCUAUGCUUGAAUUGUAGAUUUCAAGUGUAUUUUAAAGUCUCCAGAAAGUAAAGAUAAAUUUAUGGUACAUUUAA